UUGCUGUUGUGUUUUCUGUUUUGUUGUUGUGUUUUAUGUUUUGUUGUUUUGUUUUUUGAUUUGCUGUUGUGUUUUUUUGAUUUGUUGUCGUGUUUUCUGAUUUGUCGUUGUGAUUUGCACUUCAGGGCCACUGUAGCAUCCUCUCCUUUAACCGCUGGCAUCCGCAUCCAGCUCUGUACUGCCGCAUAAUGUCGUCGUAAAGUUACUGACCCAUUAAAGGCCAGAAGACCCGCAGGAGCUGCUGCUGUGGUCUCCCUCCUGCAAGCUGGUGAUUAUGUGGCCUGGACGGCGUCUGUAGCCCGGCUUUAACACAUCUCAGGCCAGGCUUUGGGGGCACAUUCCUCGGAGUUUGUUUCUGGGCGGUGAUGGCGUCCAGCGGAGCCCCCACUGAGCUCCUGCUGCAGCGCCCCUGGCUCCCCGUGAACAUCGAUGGCUGCCAGCUUCUCGCCAAGAGCUGGUUUGGUGACACGGCAUACCACAUCCUGCUGACAGACAUGCAGAGUGUUUGGGAGGAGAGGAUGGACUCCGGCUCCAUCCAGAGCAGAGCACAGGAGCUGAACAGACGUCUACGAGCCCCGGUCAAAGCCUUCUUCUCCCACCUGCGUGAGGUGGUUCAGCCCUGUCUGUCAGGGAGCGACGGGCGACCUGACGGGCCGACCGACAGCGAGGCUCAGAUCUCCCUGACACGGCAGGAGGACGGAAACAUCAGCAUGAAGCUGAAGAGUGAGCUGGCAGGGCUGCCCCUCUACUGGGAGUUUCACUGCACCCCCGCCCCCGUCACAGUGGUGUGUGUUCAGCUGGUACGCCCCCUGCUGGCAAUGAGCCAGCUGCUGCAGCGGCAGGUGGAGCAGCUCGGAGGUCUGCUGGGGAGGAAGGACGCUGAGAUCCAGGACUACAGAGAGAACGGAGCCACGCUCAGUAGAGAGCGGCUGCAGACGGACGUCUUUGAGGAGGAAACCUACAGAGAGAACUUUCUGUCAAAGGCUCUGCCUCUGCUGUGUUCGGAGCAGUCGGGCACUCUGAGCUUCGACGCCGACCUCCGACACCUGUACGCCGCCGUCACCGCCCACGGAAAGACACGGAAACGCAAACUGUCUGAGGAGGAGGAAGAGGAGGACAAGAAGGAAGAGGAGAAGGGGCAGCCACCUGCAGGCAUCACCUUGUCUUCAGAUGGAUCCGUCGCCAGCAGUGAAGCAGGUCGGAGCCGACAGGAGGACGCAGCUGGAGCCAAGAUGGCUGAAAGACCCGCAGUAGCACAGAUACGACAGUCUGUCCCCAUCCCGUCCGACCCGGCAGAGCGACCGCCCUCCAAACCAAAGAAGAAGAAAGUGGGGCUGUUCAGAUGAGACACACAGAAUUUCUUCAGGAAAAAAUCAUUUUUUUCUCUUCCAUGCGAUGAAAAAGUGGAUUUUAAAAAAAAGAACAUAUCUUAUUUUUAAACUUUUAUUUUUUUUUAAUAUUUUGAAACACUCGCUGGUUUUAAUCAGGAUUUAUUCAGUUCAUAAAAAGGCUUUUUUUUAGAUUAAACAUUUAAUUCAAUAAUAACAGUUUAUGUUUUUAAAGGGGUUUUAGAGAAGGCUGUUGAUUAAAGAUGUAAAUAUAAUUUGUCAUUGCUGUUUUUGUCUGUUUAUAAUAAAAGGACAUUUUGAAGGAA